AUGAAGGACGACUCAUGCGUCAGUGGGUAUGAACACAGCAUCAUGUUGAACCUCCAUCAGUCACGACAUUUAGCUGCUCUAUACUUACGCUGGGGAGACAUGUUCCCGUCAUGUUCACCCUUUACUGCGAAGAGCACCACUCCCCCAUAAAAUCUGGACCACCAGAUGACCAGAAAUGAGCUCUGGGACUUACAUCUGGAGGCUUUGAUGAGAUCGCAAAAGGCCCCACUGAGCGCUCUACAACCGACGGCCCUGUUCGUGCUGCAGGUUGGCAUUGGCAUGUCGGUGGCGGGCGGCGGUCUUCCAGAUGUUUACCACACCAUGCAGCUGCACUUCACUGGGGGCGGCGCACCAACAGGCUUCGGAGGCCACGACGGUGACAGACGGCAGAUACCCGAUGGACGUAUUGACCGUUACUACGGCAGCCUCACCACCCCUCCAUGUUCUCAGCGGCUUGUAUGGACUCUGUAUGAAGUCCCCAUCUACAUUUCAUGGUCCCCAAGUACUUACCUCAACAAGAUCUUCUCCAGCAGAUGGAAGAUGCCAGAGCAGGUGACACCUCUGCAGAACAACUUCAGACACAUCCACCCCGACCUCAGUCGCAUCGUCUCUGUGUCCAAAAGUGGCAGACUCCUCACAGGGACGGCCCGUCGUCCCCUCCAGGUCAGCUCUGUCAGUCUUCAAAUCGUUUUGCUGGGAAAGCUUCGUCUCCAGACUUUAGGUUUAAGGUUCAAAUAG